GAAAGAACUUUUUGGAGAUCCAGAAUUUCAUAAUGGUGAGAGGACAUAAUAUGGAUAAUUACAAUUACCAAGCCAACCAGAAAUAAAUUCUAUUCAAGGUGCCAGAAUCUAAUGGAUGAAAUUUAUUGGAAUGGAAACUAAAUUUGUUGAAGAGAAGCAGGUACCCUCUUUUUCUGUGCUUGCCAACAAUCCAAGGCCAUCAAAAGAUACAAAUAAUGGAGGAUCAGAUAGCCAUCUUGGAAUGCCUAUCAUUCCUUGGCAAUCUGAAUCUCAUCCAAAAGAUCUUUGCUCUAUUCCACAGAUACCAAAGCAAAAUCAUUCAUCCUCAGCAUACAUUCAGGUGCCCAGCUAUCUGGAUAUUACUAAUGAAUCUAAGAAACAUUUCUUUAGGGAUUCACUAUAUCCUACUUCAACUACAGCUGAAGAUUAUUUUUUUCCUCUCAGGAUACGCCCCUCAUUACAGCUUUCAAAUGAGAAAUCUGAUGAUAAAGUAGAAAUUGUUCCUGGAAUAUAUAUCAUUAAGCAAAAACCCAGCACAAUCACUUUUUCCAACAAUGAAUGUUUAACCCCUGCCAUUGACAGUGACCUCCACAUCUGUAGAAUCAUUGAUACAGAAAUUUCUUCAUAUGAAUCUGUGGAAGAAGUAGAGGAAGGGAAUGAUGAAGCUUUCCCACAGCUGCCACUCUUGGAGACAUUUUUAAGAGAUAUUCAAACAAGAGAAGUCCCCCAUAGCAAACAAGAGGCACUUGGAUUUAUGAAGGAAAAACAUGCUUUUAAUGAAGGUAGUUCCUGUAAACAUUUGGGGAAAGAACCAAACAAAGAGGAAAACAAAGAAAAAGCAAUCAGUAAGAUGACACAACCGGAGGGUUCAGAGUGGUCAGACUCUAUGGCCUGUGUCAUGAAGAAGUUAGAGCGACUAAAUUUAGAUAUUGAAGAAGCUCUCAGUGCUGGCUCUUCCCCUUCUCAUACUCCUUCUUUCAAGAGGCGAAAACAGGACUCUAAAAAAGUGGAAAGUAUCCUUAAUAAAGAUCAUCAGAGCCAGAGACUUUGUGGAACUAAGGAGGAAAGUGCCCAGGAUCUAGAUUUGGCGCCAAACCCUAUGCCAACUGGAGCACGCCCAAAGAUGAAAGUGCUGCCUGACAAACAGAUCAAGGAGAGAGCUGCAUGA